UAUUCAGCUGAUAAUGAGGAACCUCUGUCCAGUCUGGAGAUUACUGUGCCACGUGACUUAGCAGGUGGCUUCAUCAAUAAUAAACGAGAAAGCUACAAAUUCAAUGUGUUGGCUGGAUACAAUGGUACUAUCUUUGCCUAUGGCCAGACAGGCAGUGGCAAAACUUUUACCAUCACAGGAGGAGCUGAACGUUACAGUGAUCGAGGCAUCAUUCCCAGGACCUUAUCUUAUAUUUUUGAUCAAUUGCAGAAGGAUAGCAGUAAAGUGUACACAACUCAUGUUUCCUACUUAGAAAUCUACAAUGAAUGUGGUUAUGAUCUGCUGGACCCGAGACAUGAGGCCUCCAGAAUGGAAGAUUUGCCAAAAGUGACAAUAAUGGAAGACUCUGAUCAAAACAUUCAUCUGAAAAACUUGUCUCUUCAGCAAGCAACCAAUGAAGAGGAAGCCUUAAACCUACUCUUCUUGGGGGACACCAACAGAAUGAUUGCUGAGACACCAAUGAAUCAAGCCUCAAGCCGAUCUCACUGCAUUUUCACAAUUCACAUCUCCAGCAAGGAGCCUGGAUCUGCAACUAUCCGACGUUCCAAGUUGCAUUUAGUAGACCUUGCUGGAUCAGAACGUGUUGCAAAGACUGGAAUUGGAGGUCACUUACUGACAGAAGCCAAAUAUAUCAACCUGUCAUUACAUUAUUUGGAGCAGGUAAUAAUUGCCCUUGCAGAGAAAAACCGGUCCCACAUUCCUUACCGAAAUUCUAUGAUGACCUCAGUGCUAAGAGACAGCCUGGGAGGAAACUGCAUGACUACCAUGAUAGCAACGCUUGCAAUGGACAAAAGAAACAUAGAUGAAUCUAUAUCAACCUGCAGAUUUGCACAGCGAGUUGCUCUUAUUAAGAACGAAGCAGUUCUUAAUGAAGAAAUUGACCCCAGAUUGAUGAUUGUCCAGCUGAAAAAGGAGAUCCAGGAUUUGAAGGAUGAGUUGGUUCUGGUGACUGGCAAGCAAAGAACAUCAGAGCUUUCCCAAGAAGAGCUACUUCAGUUGGAUGAGUUAAUUGAAACAUUUCUCAGAGAUAAUGAUCCUGACAGCUCUCUCGAUGUUGGUGCUGACAUGCGCAAGAUCAAGUAUUGCUUCGUUCAUAUGAAGCAAAUUAUAAAUCAUCCAAUGACUUCAGAUAAAAAACUGCUUUCACAAGACAUCUCUGAAGAAGAAAACAGUAAUGAAGAACUAGAAAAACUGAAAGGAGUUCUGCAACAAAGAGACAAUGAAAUCAAUAUUCUGGUAACUAUGCUAAAAAAAGAAAAGAAGAAAGCACGAGAUGCUCUUUCCCAGCUUAAUGCCACCUCUACUGAUUCUACAGUCUUGGAGCAGUCUCCUUCUAUGAGCUUGGAAGAAAGUCAGAGUCCAUCUAGAUGUUUUAGUCUGAAGGAGGAAAAAGUGUUCAGCUCUUCUGUUCCCAGACUACCUUUCCUUUCCAGAACAACAGGAGGAAAGAUGUCACUUGGACGCCAGGAAGCUUUUGAAGUUUUCAAGCGGGACCAUGCUGACAGUAUAACUAUUGAGGACAACAAACAGCUUCUGAAGCAGAGGUUUGAUGAAGCUAAAUGCCUUGGAGAGAAAUUAAAUGAAAUGAGAAACAAAAUAAACCAUCUGAAAGGAAAGAUAAUCCAGAGGCAAAUUCAGAGAGCAGCUCUAGCUGUUUCAAAUUCUUCUGAAGAACUAACGUUUGAUCCAGCAGAAGAGAAUCUCAGAAUGCAAAUUGAAGAAGAAAAAAAAAGUUAUAAAAUAGUGUACAGUCGCUUCAAAGGGCUGAAGGUAGAGAUUGAGCACCUGCAGCUUCUUAUGGAAAAAGUGAAGAUGAAGCUGCAAAAAGACUUUGAAGUCUGGUGGUCUGAAGAGGCAAAAAAAUUUCAGCAGAAAAAGCCAGAGAUGGUUACUUCACCAAAUACUGCCACUGUUUAUCCACAGUUUAUCAGAUCCUCACAGCAUCUAUCACCUAACAGUUUUUCAGACACGGAUAGAGACAGCCCUUAUGAAGAUCCAGCUGUGAACAAUUCAAUCACUCCUGGUAACCCAACUUUAAAAACAAGGGCCCCACCAAGUUCAAGCACAUCUAUUCCUCUGACUGGAGACAGCCAGGCUGAUGCUGACAUCCUAGCUUUCAUUAAAGCAAGACAGAAUAUCCUGCAAAAGAAAGGCUUGGGGAACAAAUGAAAUUCUUGUAACAGUCCACUAUUUCCUUUUAGAAACAGUGAAAGACCUUUAUUCUUUGCCUUCUUCUUCUGUUUAGAAACAGGUACAAGUAAGUACUUCAGAUGUACAGGUUUAAUUGGUAAGGGUAUGUAAAUUUUCUUUGACAGCAAAAUCCAUUUCUCUGACAAUACAUAUUUGAGUUUUGCACUCAGUAUCUUCACCCUGCAUUAAGAUUAACAAAAUUGAAACAGCUAAUCAGGAGUUUGCCAAACAUGUUUGUUUAUGAGAUAUUCAUUGUGCAUUUCUAAAUUUUAAAAUUAUCUCAUGUAUUAAUGCUUUUAUACAUCCUUAAUCUAGGAAAGGCUUGUCACUACUGAUAGGAGUUUUUUGCAUCGAUUUACACAAGGCUUUGUUAAUUAUACCUAUUGACCAUCAAGAGAUAUCCAUUCAAUAACAGUAGUUUUCUGGGUCAUAAAGUUCCAUAAAAUUUCAUUUGAGAUUUUUCCCCC